UUACAUACUCGUUAUCAACUUCAUGCUAUCGCAACCUAAUAACUAAUCCCAGACAAUAAACAAAACAGCGACCCACUGACACCACCAACACCAGAAAACCAAUAAAACCCAACCCACCAUCCGAAGUUGAUUCCUCCGCCAUAAAGAAAAAGCUUCACCAAGCUAGCAAGCUAUCUCCCCAGCUCGCAAAGCACCACCACCAUCACCAUCACCAAUCCCCCAAACCCCCAACCCACACACCCCCAAACAGGCACAACAAAAAAAUGAAUCCCCCAAACAGCAACCUCCGCGCCUUCAACCUCGCCGUGACCACGCUCCUCAAAAAUCCCUCCCACAUCCUCCCGCACCUCACCAUCCCAACCAUCACCCAGCUCCCCGAGCACCUCGGCCCCGCGAUCUCCGCCUCCCUCACCAGCAGCAGCAGCAGCAGCAGCAGCACGCCGCAAGAAAAACCCCCGCAAAUCCACAUCCGCGCCCUCAUCCUCGACAAAGACGCCACGCUCUGCGCCGCGCAAACCACCACCUUCCCACCGGAGAUCCUCGCCAAACUGACCGCGCUGCGCACCGCCCCGACCUCCCCCUUCAACCAGACGGCCGCGCCCAACUCGAUCCUCAUCGUGUCGAACCGUGCGGGGAGCCACCCGCGCUACGACGACGAGGUCCGUAGCCUGGAGACGCAGCUGGCGGGGCUCGCCAUCCCGGUGUUCCGGCUGCCGCCGGGUGUGGCCAAGAAGCCCUUCUGCGGGGCGGAGGUGCUGGCCUGGUUCCGGGAGCGCGGGGUCGUGGCGCGCGCCGACGAGAUCGCCGUCGUGGGCGAUCGGCUGGGCACCGAUGUGCUGAUGGCGCGCGAGAUGGGCGCGUGGAGUGUCUGGUGUCGGGAUGGGAUCGAUCCCCGCGGGACACGGGAGGGGGCCAAUGUGCUGGAGCGCAUGGAGAGGUGGGUGGAGCGGUAUCUUCGGGUCAAUCGCGGGUUGAAGGCGCCCGUACCGAAGGGGUUUGCGGAAUGAUUCUUGGUCUUGUGGGGAACGGGUUCCUUGGAGUGAGUGGGAGACAAUUCGCGUGGAUUGGUGCUGUACGAUAUUUUGAGAU